GGGUGGAGUCUCCCUCCUGACCUUUCACCCCAGCAUGGCUGCGCCCUUGGGACCGGUGAAGUUCUGGCGACCCGGUACAGAGGGACCAGGUGUCAGCAUCUCUGAAGAGAGACAGAGUCUGGCUGAAGACUCUGCACCACCUGUUGUCUACAAUCCCUACGCCACCCUUUCUAUAGAGCAACAGAGGCAGAAGCUGCCGGUGUUCAAGCUUAGGAAUCAUAUAUUAUACUUGGUAGAAAACUAUCAGACAGUGGUGAUUGUUGGAGAGACGGGAUGUGGGAAAAGCACGCAGAUCCCACAAUACCUUGCAGAAGCGGGCUGGACUGCCGAAGGAAGAGUGGUGGGAGUGACCCAGCCUCGAAGAGUGGCUGCUGUUACAGUUGCAGGGAGAGUAGCCGAGGAAAGGGGUGCAGUGCUGGGCCACGAGGUGGGCUACUGCAUCCGCUUUGACGACUGCACCGACCCACUGGCCACGAGAAUCAAGUUCCUGACUGAUGGAAUGUUGGUCAGGGAAAUGAUGGUUGAUCCAUUGUUAACAAAAUAUAGUGCCAUCAUGCUGGAUGAAGCCCACGAGAGGACCUUGUACACAGACAUUGCCAUUGGCUUGCUGAAAAAGAUUCAGAGAAAGCGAGGGGAUCUUCGAUUGAUUGUAGCUUCAGCUACUCUGGAUGCAGAGAAAUUUCGGGAUUUCUUUAAUCAGAAUGAAACCAAUGACCCAACGAGGGAUACUUGUGUGAUCCUUACAGUAGAAGGGCGAACAUUUCCAGUGGAUAUCUUUUAUCUACAAAGUCCUGUUCCAGAUUAUAUCAAAUCAACUGUAGAAACUGUGAUGAAAAUUCACCAGACAGAGGGAGAUGGAGACAUACUAGCAUUUCUGACUGGACAGGAAGAGGUGGAGACUGUCGUGUCAAUGCUGAUUGAGCAGGCUCGGGCGCUGGGUCGAACUGGGAUGAAGAGACACCUCCGGGUUCUCCCCAUGUACGCAGGACUACCUUCCUUUGAGCAAAUGAAAGUGUUUGAAAGGGUGUCCCGCAGUGUCAGAAAGGUGAUAGUGGCCACCAAUGUGGCCGAAACCUCCAUUACAAUCAGCGGGAUUGUGUAUGUGAUUGACUGUGGCUUCGUGAAACUCCGAGCCUACAAUCCCAGGACGGCCAUUGAGUGCUUGGUGGUGGUCCCGGUGUCCCAGGCAUCAGCCAACCAGCGUGCAGGACGUGGUGGCCGCAGCCGCUCGGGAAAAUGUUACCGCCUUUAUACAGAGGAAGCCUUUGACAAGCUGCCUCAAUGCACCGUCCCUGAGAUGCAGCGUAGCAAUCUGGCGCCUGUCAUCCUACAGCUGAAAGCGCUAGGGAUCAACAACGUCCUCAGGUUCCACUUCAUGUCGCCCCCCCCAGCCCAGUCGAUGGUUCAAGCGUUGGAGUUACUCUAUGCCCUGGGAGGUCUGGACAAAGACUGUCGCCUAACUGAACCGCUUGGCAUGAGAAUCGCAGAGUUUCCUUUGAAUCCCAUGUUUGCAAAAAUGCUGCUUGAAUCAGGAAAUUUUGGCUGUUCUCAGGAAAUUCUAAGCAUUGCAGCUAUGAUGCAAAUCCAGAAUAUCUUUGUGGUCCCCUCAAACCAGAAGUCUCAGGCAAUUCGAGUGCACCGAAAAUUUGCUGUGGAGGAGGGUGAUCAUCUCACUAUGCUCAACGUGUAUGAAGCGUUUAUCAAACACAAUAAAAACUCUCAGUGGUGUCAGGAACAUUUCCUGAAUUACAAGGGUCUUGUCAGAGCGGCGACAGUGCGAGAGCAGUUGAAGAAGCUUCUUGUCAAGUUUCAAGUGCCCAAGAAAUCUAGUGAAGGUGAUCCGGAUCCAGUCCUGAGGUGCAUUGUUUCGGGAUUCUUUGCAAAUGCAGCAAGGCUUCAUUCUACUGGAGCUUAUAGGGUUAUCUACAAUGAAGUUAUACAGACCUCCAAGUAUUACAUGAGAGAUGUGACGGCUAUCGAAUCCGCGUGGCUGUUGGAGCUGGCUCCACACUUCUAUCAACAAGGAACGAAAGAAAGAAAGUCUGCUGGCACUGGGCCCGAGUUACUGCUUGGUGGCAGUCAACAGGGGCCAAGGAACGGCUGCUCGCUGGGAAUGACGCUGUCCAGGUGCCAUGGUCCUGUUUCACUUUGUUAGCCUCACUUGCUUGACUCCUGGAAACAUUUGAGUUGUGACCCUGUAAAUGGAAGGCUCUUCUCCUCCCUCAAAUGUCAGGGGAAAUUGUCCUUUUAAAACCUUCUUAAAGUAUUUAAAUUGUAUCCGGUUGGAUGGAAACUGAAGCCUGUAUAGUUCUUCACACAUCCUCAUACAGAUGCUGCAGCUGGAAACCGGGUCAGUUGCAGGCACCAGGCACCGAGACGCAUUCAGAGUGUGUUGUCUGUGCUGCGUUGGGCUGACGAGAACACACCUCAAGUGAGAGAGUGUCUUUCCCCCAGAACCCCUCAGACGGGAAGCAGCAGACUUCAGAAGUCCAGGAGGAGUGAGGAGAACUGGAAGCUGAGAAGCGCUGGUGGUUCAAGUCGGAGGAUGCGAGCAUUCGAGGGGGGUGAAUCCGAAGUUGUCUCACAUCCAUUUAGACUCUCGGAGAACGGGAUUAACCUAGAAGCCGAGUCAUUUUCCCUUCUCAUCUCAAAACCACAGUUCAGGCCCACCAAGUUAGAGCAAAUAGCCCCGGAAGUUGGGAGGAAGUGACAACCCCCGAUGUCUGCGUUGGCCUCUUCUCUCCAGACGCCUGUUGUCCCACUCACUGGUCCAUUCCCAUCACUGCCUAUGAGCCGUGUAGUUUUAGAGAUGCCUGGAUCUUACAAGUCAUCUGGUGCCACAGCUUCAUCGUACGGGCAAGGGCCCCGAAACCCCCCAAGAACCUUGGCCCCUUCUUACGUAAGCAGUCCAUAGGUACUUGUCCUGUUAACUUGUCGGAAUGAAUGGAUUUCCCCAAGAGCCCUGCAGGUCCCCACUGGCCGCCCAUGUACGGUAGACGCUCCUUUGUCGAACACACGGCCUCCCCCCGCCCACAGAGGGUCCCUGGCUCUGUUCCUGGCACCUUUGGUGACUUUCCAUCGCUGUUGUUUUCAGAGUGUCACUCUCGUCCUGUAUGAAAUGGUCCAGAGUCGGCUGUGUUUAUACCCGGCAUUCUUCUCAGAAAUGAACACCCAAAAUGGUCCUGUGCAUAGGCCCGAUGACAUCAGCUCCGUGCCCAAGCAGGGCGGAGAGUGUCUCACAGUGGCUGGAGGGGUCCUCUCGGGUAAAGUGCAGGGAGGAGAGAAAUGACCGAAAUGAGGCAAGACCCCCAGCUGGAGGGAACAGGGUGGCCUGCUCAGGGAGUCACCUUCCAGUCCUUAAUUUUGUGUCCUGAUUCUCAGAGGUGUCCUUGGGAUCUAGGAAAAACCUUCUUAACCAGGGCCUUUGCAAGAACCCGUACUGGUCCUUUCUCCAGCACACACGGUUAGAAAGGGACUUCCUACCUCUGUCACAUUCACUCUGUCAGUGGGGACAGGUACUAGACGGUGUGUUAUGUCUCCUGCACCCCGCGUUCUUUCAGGGCCUGUGGUUCCCUGUCAGCAGUGGCCUUGCUAUCUCAGCCCACGUGGGUGUGUGGGUGUUGGUUGGGCACUGAGCAUGUUGGGGACCAGCAGUCAGGUUGGGAGUUCCUCAUGUGAGGAUCCCACUGCGUGUUAGGGUAUCUCUUGGUUGUUUGCUUAUGAUUAUUGACGGGGUACUAGGGAUACCUCAGUCGGUGAACAGAGGUCCUUUAUUAAAAGCUUCUGUUUACAUUCUCUGCCUUAAACAUGUGCUUUAGAAUUUCCAGCACUUCUGGCUUUAUCUUCGAACAUAAAGUAUAAUUGUAUCACUAAAUCCUAUUAUCUGAUGCCCAUGAUUAUAAUGUUAUGCAUCCUGUGUUCUUUAUAUUGGUAGGGAGCGAUGUUUCUGAAAGGAAAGGGUGGUUCUAGGAGGUGUUCUUUCCCUGUUUGUCUUCCCUCAUGUGCAUUUGCCAGGGGGUCCGUGGGGGCCAGGGCCCUGAGCACAUGUAUCUGCACGUGGAGGUGCUUGGUGAAAUGAUGGAUCUCCUUGUUCCUCUGGGGAGGGUACCUUUCCUUGACUGUUUGUAAGAAAUUCAUAGAAACAGGAGGUGACUUCCAGCCCGAGCCCAGUCCCCUGAGCACAGGGAUUUGACUGUGGUGCUGUCCUGGGGGCUGGGGCAGAGGGAGAACGUGUACCAUUGACACCUUCCUGCAGAGCCCUGGGUGACCAGGGUCGGCCAUGGCAGGUUGGGCCUUGGGCUGCUGGGCCUUACUGAAGGCCCAUCGCCUUUGUUGGUUCCUUGGGCUUUUCCCUUCCACACUGCUUUCUGAGGGGCACGGCAUCUGCCGAGAAUGUGCAAACCAGAGGGCAGCACUGGUGUGGUCGUUGAUGUGGGGGUCUGGUUGAAGUCCAGUCUCUCUGUCUGAGCAACCCCUAACGCUGAUGGUUUCUCUUCUCUUGCAGCACCUGUCCCUCAAAGCCAAAAGGGCCAAGGUCCAGGACCAGUGAGCGGAGCUCGGCUGCUCCCGCAGGGGGCUUAGCGCCCUCUCCUCUACACUGUGGUCCCCUGGCCCUGGGCGGCGAGCUGGCCUCAGCUCACGUGGAGUCUUCUGCUGCUCUGAAGUGGGCUGCAGCCUGUUCGUUAGCCCCUUCCUUCCCGCUCCCCUCGGCAUCUGCGUUCCUUGCUGGGAUCCCGGGGGCAUUCAUGCAUGGGCGGGCACCCCUCUGCGCUGCACCCAGGCAGAGCGGGAGUGGGCAGGGCCGUGCACUCUGCUCACGCAGCGCCCCCGCUGACCCAG